CGGAAUUCUCCUUUUGCCAAGGAGGGAGUGAAGGAGGAAUCCCACCCCAUCUGAGGCCAGGUUUGGCUGGUUUAUUCAAGACCAGACUUGGCUGAAUCUGUCCAGUUUGUACCCCAGAGCUGCAAUUCCAGACACAAAGAACAAAAACAAGAUAGUAAACAUUGAAUCCAGCUGGGCUAAGUCCUUUCAUAACAACAUUAAAAUAAUAGAGCUUCUGGCAUAUUAGAGAAGAGACAUCUUUGGAUCUCCCUGCUUUCAAGUAAAGCCAUUAGAUUUGCCAUGGAGAAAUUUUCAGUGUCAGCAAUCCUGCUUCUUGUGGCCAUCUCUGGUACUCUGGCUAAAGACACCACAGUCAAACCUGGAGCCAAAAAGGACCCAAAGGACUCUCGGCUCAAACUACCCCAGACCCUGUCCAGAGGUUGGGGCGAUCAGCUCAUCUGGACUCAGACGUAUGAAGAAGCUUUAUACAGAUCCAAGACAAGCAACAGACCCUUGAUGGUCAUUCAUCACUUGGACGAAUGCCCACACAGUCAAGCUUUAAAGAAAGUAUUUGCUGAACAUAAAGAAAUCCAGAAAUUGGCAGAGCAGUUUGUUCUCCUCAACCUGGUCUAUGAAACAACCGACAAGCACCUUUCUCCUGAUGGCCAGUAUGUCCCCAGGAUUGUGUUUGUGGACCCAUCCCUGACGGUGAGGGCAGACAUCACUGGAAGAUACUCAAACCGUCUCUAUGCUUAUGAACCUUCUGACACAGCUCUGUUGUACGACAACAUGAAGAAAGCUCUCAAGCUGCUAAAGACAGAAUUGUAAAGCCAAACUGUGCACCGCGUCAGGAGACAGGAAGGCAGAAGCACUGUGGACUUGCAGACUCCAUUACAGUUCAAUGUUACAACAGAAUGCAUUUUUUAAACACCCACAUGUGGGGAAAGAAUAUUAUUAUCUACUACAGUUAAUCCUGAUUUUCUAGAAAAUAAAGUCUUGUGAGAACUCUC